AUUGACACAUUAGGGGCAGGAAAAAUUUUCCUUGUUAUGAAUUUUGUCUUGGGAAGCUGUUUUGGGUCUGGAUAGAUGCAGCUGGAAAUGUGUGCCUGUUGCCUUGUGAAAGAACUUGUAUUUUGUAAUGCUCACAUUACUAGGAAAAUGUUCUUGCCAACUUCAGUGCAAAUACAUGAACCAGUGUGCAACGUCAGUGUCUUUCAAAACAAAUCUGGACUAAUUUAUUCCUGACACUGAUGACUACUGUGUAAGCUGAAGAGAAAAAAAACACAAACAAGUGCUAAACUUCCUUCUGCAAAUUACGUCUUUCAUAAAAGCCAAAGAUGUCUCGACUUCUGCAACUCAAGGACUCUCUUAGGAACCUGAAAUCGUCCAACUUUAAACAUCCGAAGCUCCUAGCUGGUGUGGCGCUCUCUGUCGUAGUGGCCUAUGGUGCCAAAGACCAUGUGCAAUACGCGUGCUCGGUAGUUAAAAGCAUCUUUGAUGACAUCACCUCCAAGCAUAGCGACGAGUCCAAAAAAGCGCUCGCCAUGAAGCGGAGCAGUGUCGUCAUCAUGGACACCACCAAGGACGAGACUGGUUCGUCCCACGCCGUCAGUUCAGAACUGAACCGCAAACUGAUCCGCCUGAUCAAGAUCAUCAUGCCGGGGAUCCUGACCAAAGAGUUUGGGCUCCUCUUCCUCCACACCAUGUCUCUGAUCUGCCGGACUUUCCUGUCGAUCUACGUGGCUCAUCUGGAAGGGAACAUGGUGAAGGCGAUCGUCAACAAGAACAUGAUGCAGUUCCUCCUGCACAUCCUCAAGUGGCUCUUGAUCGCCGUUCCCGCGACGUUCGUCAACAGCACAAUCCGCUUCCUGGAGAGCACCCUGUCUCUGGCCUUCCGCUCCCGCUUGGUCAACCACUGCUACGAGAUGUACUUCAAGAACCAGACCUACUACCGCGUGGGCAACAUGGACACGCGGCUGGUCAACCCGGACCAGAACCUGACAGAAGACAUCAGCACCUUCUGCGAGUCCGUGGCCCACCUGUACUCGCAGCUCAGCAAGCCCAUGCUGGACAUCAUGCUGAUGUGUUACACCCUCGUUGGUCUGGCUACCAAGAAUAACUCGGGGACCAGCUUCUCCACCUUGAUCGGCAGCCUGACGUUCAUCGCCACGGCCAAGAUUCUGAGGGCUGCCUCGCCCAGGUUCGGCCGACUGGUGGCUGACGAGGCUGAUAAGAAGGGAAACCUCCGCUUUGUGCAUUCCAGAGUGAUUGCUAAUGCUGAAGAGAUCGCUUUCUAUGAUGGACAUGAGGUCGAGCAUUCACAGCUGAAGCGUAGCUACGAAGCCUUGAAGAAGCAGAUGAGCCUCAUCUAUCGUCAGCGUCUGUGGUACGUCAUGCUGGAGCAGUUCCUUCUCAAGUACACCUGGAGCGCUAACGGUCUCGCCAUGGUUGCCGUCCCCAUUAUCACUGCCAAGACUCGGCCAAUUGGGCCCGAUGGGAAGCCAGCCACCGAGACCGAGUCUGUCAGUCUUCGCACCCAGAACUUCAUCACGGCCAAGAGCUUGCUGCUUAGCCUGGCUGAUGCCAUGGAGAGGGUCAUGUCAUCGUACAAAGAGGUGACAGCCCUUGCUGGGUACACCUCUCGAGUGUCAGACCUUCUUGAAGUAUUUGAGGAUGUGAGCAACGGCCACUACGUCAGGGCACGGGUUGUCAAAGGUGGCCAUAAGACCCCUCACGCUAAGAGCGUUGCACACGUAGAAGGUCCCUUAGUGGUUGCAGGGGAGGUCACAGAGACAGACUCCGCCCUCAUUAUUGCCAAAGAUUUGCCAAUCAUCACCCCCAACAGAGAUGUUGUCGUCAGCAAACUCUCCUUGAAAGUUACAGAAGGCAUGCAUCUGUUGAUCACUGGGCCCAAUGGAUGUGGCAAGAGUUCCCUGUUCAGAAUCCUGUGUGGUCUCUGGCCGGCCUACAGCGGAGAACUCAUCAAGCCUAACCCAAAGGAGAUGCUCUUCAUUCCACAAAGGCCCUACAUGUCCCUAGGCACGCUGCGGGACCAGGUGAUCUACCCGGACCGUCAUGCUGACAUGCUCAGGAAGGGUAUGACAGACAAGGACCUGGAAGGAAUCCUAGACAUUGUCAACCUCCAGCAGAUUGUCACCAGGGAAGGGGAUUCGGCAAACCGCCGCCGCCACGGACUCUCUGACACGGCUCCAACAGUCCCGCUGUCUCGGACACUCCGAUCAGCCUCUCUCACGCUGCUCUGGGAUCCGGCGGUCGGUCGCUAUACCGCUCCGCCUCGCUGCUACCAGCUCCCACUACACACCAACAGCAACGCUGACGCACACAAGCCUAGCGCCCUACAACAACUCUCUUAG